AUGUACAUAAAAACGUAUUUACUCUUGUUUUUUAUUCUGUUGCUUUCUUCGAUUAAUGCAAUUAUUCUAACUCAAAUUCAUCGAUCUUCACUUUAUCAAUCUAAUUCUUCUUGUACUUUAUUUGAAAAUGUUACUAUUUCAAGUGAUACAUCAAUUCAAGCUUGUAUAUGGGAAUGUGUUCAUCGAGAUAAUUGCCAAACAGCUGUAUAUUAUCAUGACAAUCAAACUUGUCUACUAUUUGGUGAAAAUUGUCAAAUAGGUAAUAUAAUAUCAUCUAGAAAUACUCGAGCCAGUGUAAUUUGUUAUCGAAAAAAUCAAAAUACUUACUGUCAAGAACCACUAUCAACGAUGGCUGUGGCUACAACAGUGAGUCUUGAACAAAGUAUGUAUGAAGUUAUUGGUGGUAACCUGUUGAGAGAUGAACGAAUGAAAACACAAUGUGAUCAUAUGUAA